GCCUGGAGGGUGCAGGUCCACAGUGAGUUGUGCAACCAGGGGAGUGGAAAAGCCUGCUCAGCCCAGGCUUGUGGAAAGGAGGCAUCCCAGGCUUGCCUGUGCCAAGGUGCAGCGUGAGCCAGCCCUUGGCUGGUGGGCAGGGCGGAGUCUCUCAGAGAAGCCAGUCCCCCCGCUACAGGUGAAGAUCUCGAGACACCUUGUUCAGGAGCGCACGCAGGAGGUGACAGGCACCCUCUGCACCGUGCGGGGAGCAGGCAGUCACCCAGGAGUGUGGGAGCCGGCUCCUCCUGGUGUGGCCUUGGUGGCCCGCACAGCCGCGCAGGUUCCAGGGCCAGCCCUCUCUCCACAGCCAAAGGACAGGGCAACAUGAGCUGGUCAAGGCACAUGGGCAAGAUCCGGAAGCGUCUGGAAGACGUCAAGAACCAGUGGGUCCGGCCGGCCAGGGCAGACUUCAGUGACAAUGAGAGCGCCCGGCUGGCCACAGAUGCCCUCCUGGAUGGGGGUCCUGAGGCCUACAGGCGGGUGCUCAGCCAGGAAGGGGAGGUGGACUUUCUGUCCUCGCUGGAGGCCCAGUACGUCCAGGCCCAGGCCAAGGAGCCCUGCUGUGUCCCAGAGCCUGCAGGAGCGGCCGAGGGUGGGCCCAAGGGACAGGCCUCCUGCUCCUUGCAGUCAGGAACCUACUCGCCCCCGGCCUCUGAGGGCAGCGAGCCAGGCCUGCUGCACACCUGGGCUUUGGCUGAGAAGCCCUACCUCAAGGAGAAAUCCAGCGCCACCGUGUACUUCCAGACAGACAAACACAGCAACAUCAGGGACCUCGUCCGGCGCUGCAUCUCCCGGAGCAGCCAGGUCCUGGCCAUCUUGAUGGAUGUGUUCACGGAUGUGGAGGUCCUCUGUGACAUUCUAGAGGCAGCCAACAAACGCGGGGUGUUUGUCUGUGUGCUCCUGGACCAGCGAGGCACAAAGCUCUUCCAGGAAAUGUGUGACAAGGUCCAGCUCUCUGACAGUCACCUCAAGUGCCACAGAGAAGUGGGAGAAGCUCUCCGGGCCACUGGGGCAUCCUUCCCUGAGCCUGCCCAGCCACCGCGGACAGUGGACAGCUUCUCCUGGCUUUGCGGACACGUGCACCGGAACAUCCUCUGUAAGUUCACAGGCCCGGCGGUGGAGCUGUUCGACGAGGAGUUCCGCCACCUCUAUGCCUCCUCCAAGCCCCUGAUGGGCCUGAAGUGUCCCAGGCCGGCGGCCCCGCUGCAGCCCAGAGCUGUCCCCAGCACCUCCAAUGGCCGCCUCAGUAGCGACAGCUGUUCCACCAGUGACCACACGUCUUCCAACCCCUUUAGCAGCCCAUCGGUGGGCAGUAGCCCCCCAAAGCAGAGACUGUCCACUUCCUCAGGGCCCGGGAGUCCCCUGGCUCCCAAGCCAGUCCAGCCUCCCAGGUAUCAGCCCUACCACAGCCCCUGGGGAGCCCCGGCUCCACAGGCUCUCUUCCCCGCAAGGACCACCAGUGGCCCACCUGUCCCCUACAGCAACCUCAACGCCUACCAGUCCACACGGCUGCAGCUCGAGCAGUUGGGCCUGGUGCCCAGGGUGCCGCACAUCUGGAGACCCUUUCCACAGGCCUCACCUCAUUUCUGAAGGGUCUCCUGUCCCUGCCACCUCUCCCCAGGGCCAGGGCCUGGCACUCUUGGGUUCACUGCCUCGAAGAGCCCACCUCAUCUACAGCAUUGAGCCUGCAUCGCCUCGAGGCACCAGGCACCAGGAUCAAAUCACUGCCCGUGUGAGUGAGUCUCCCAGCCCUCUUGUCAGCCUCCACUGGUGCUUGGCUUCCCCUCUCUGGCUUGGCCUGUGCAGCUUGUUCCAGAAGGUUGUGGGGAAGGAGGAGGUGGGAGUAGUUAGAGACAAAAUCAUAAUGUCACAGUCCUUUCUACAAAAGAUCCUCCAGAGCUUUAAAAAGUAAUGGUCAGGCGCUUCCCUAGCAAGCACAAGGGCCCGAGUUCAAUCCCCAUUUCUGCAAA